UCGGUGGUCUUUCAAAACGUCGCGGCACCAUCCGUACAGUAGAGUUACCGUGCUUGCACACGUACACACUUAAAGCAAUAAAACCCGCGUGUGUGUCUUCAUUUCUCUGCUUUAACUUAUUACUGAGUCCAGCGUGGCAGUCCACUGCUCUGAAAGAAAGGGGAGAAAGAGCGAAAGAGCCAGCUUUGGUACAGCGGCUACCGGCCUCGUAGUGUCAGUCGUUCCCUCGCGCGCGCCGAGUCACAUACUUCAACUCCAAAGACUCGCGAUCGGGCCCUCUGUCACGAGCGCGAGCGCGCUUGUGAAAGCUUGCGAUCGUCGGAGAUAUAGAAAAAAGGAAGCAAGAUUUUUGGAUUUCCGUCGAUCGGUUGAUCGGUGAGCUUGCCGAUCAGACUCUACGGAUCGGUAACUGUUUUUUGUCCAGUAAAAGGAUGAACGGCUGAGCUUGCGAGCUUUCCCAGCUGCUUUUGGGUACUCGAGGUUCUGGCGAACGUCUCGCUCGUCGUUGCAAGUCGCGGAGUGUCUUAGACUUUUUGGCCGACGAUCCCGAGGUGGAAAAAGUCACAUACGACUCUCAAGAUGCUGCUCGACAUCGAUAUUCCACAAAAUGCCAAAUACGUAUACAAAAAACCAUCAAUCACCAGUGAGUCCAAUAACAACGACAUCACAGAGACACUCGACCUAAAUAGUCGAAUAAUCACCAGCAGAACUCCACUGCAGGAGUUUUAUGCUCAUCAAUGCAUUUUCAUUACAGGAGGAACGGGCUUUUUGGGCAAAAUACUGAUAGAAAAGCUGCUGCGAAGCUGUGCCGAUCUCGAGCGCAUCUACGUGCUGGUACGCCCGAAAAAAGAGAAAAGCAUCGACACCAGAAUGGAGGAACUGUUCAACGACCCGAUAUACAAGCGGCUCAAAGAGGAAAAUCCAAAAUUUCAUCACAAAGUCGCGGCCGUCGCUGGGGACUGCAGUCUCCAAGGCCUGGGACUUUCUACGUCUGAUAGAGAUUUGCUGACACGCGACGUGUCCGUUGUUUUUCACGUAGCCGCGACAGUACGCUUCGAUGAAAAGCUAAAGUUAGCUACGGCGAUCAACGUUCAAAGUACGUCUGACAUUCUGAGUUUGUGCAAGGACAUGCAGAAGUUGAAGGCUGCUGUACACGUUUCUACGGCAUACGCAAAUUGUAUAUCACGAGAAAUCGGCGAAAAAUUUUACGAUUAUCCCAUUAAAAAUAAGGAACUCCUUAGCCUUGUAAACUGCUUACCAGAAGAAACCGUCAAUGAAAUUUCUCCCCGAAUAAUAUCACCUUGGCCAAAUACGUAUGCAUUCACAAAAGCAAUCGCAGAAGAUCUGAUCAGAUCAAGAAACAAGAGUUUGCCUAUUGGUAUAUUUAGACCAGGUAUCGUGAUUUCUACCGCCAACGAGCCGAUGCCAGGUUGGAUCGACAAUUUUUACGGCCCAACGGGAAUAGCAGCCGGAGUAGCUACAGGAUUGCUCCGUACGAUGCACUGCGACCCCAAGAAGAACGCCAACAUCGUGCCCGUCGAUCUUACCGUAAAUGCCCUGAUCGCUAGCGCUUGGGAUAUAGCCAUGGAGACGGCUAGGCGAGAUGAGGAAAUGUUGAUUUACAAUUUUGUGUCUUCCGUUGAUGCUCCUUUCACGUGGCAGGAUUUUUUUCACACCAACAAAAGAUACGUGAACAUGUAUCCUAUGAGCACAGCUCUAUGGUAUAUAUCCUUCACAAUGAGCAAGUAUUCGUUCGUUAACACGAUAUACUCUGUUAUCCUGCAUCUGGUUCCCGCCUUCAUAAUCGACACCUUGAGCGUUUGUGUUGGACGAAAGCCAAGCCUCAUGAAAAUGUACGGAAAGAUCCACAAAUUCGCAAAUGUCAUAUCAUACUUUUGUACGCGAGAGUGGACGUUUUCUAAUGACAACGUACGAGGCAUGUGGCACCGACUUGACCCGCGAGACAGGCAAAUGUUUUACUUCACCAUGGAGAGUUUUAAUUGGGAACAGUUUUUCAGUAAUUACAUCAAGGGUAUCCGGGUUUAUUUAUUUAAAGAUAAUCUGAAAACUAUUGCUAAAAGCAAGCUCAGAUGGCAAAGAUUUUAUUACAUGCAUCAAGUUGUGAAAGGACUAGCAGCUUCGUUCGGUUUUUUGUUUUUAUGGAAAGUAUUAUCAGCAAUAUUUAUGUAAUUCAGUACAAAUGUUAAGAUUAUAAUUUUUCUCAAACUUGUAGUCAUUAAAUAACUGACGUAGACAAAAUGUUAUUGUAAAUAAUUUUCAUGUUAAUGCAACAUGAUUUUUUUACAAAAAUUAUACGUGAAUUCUUCAAUAUUAUACAUAUUUUUACUCAGUAAUCAAAGGACCACUCGUCAAAACUAAAAAUUAAAAAGGAUUCUUUUGACCAUAUAUAU